UUUUAUUUUUAAAAAUCCGAAAGGCAAAAUCGCUUCGUUCGCACUUCGCAGGAAAAAUAAACUUCGAAUUUAAUCAAGUAAAAAUUGAUUAUCUCGCGCAUUACCGCGUUAUUCCAUUGUUUCAAGUCGUAUUCUAAAAGUAUAAUACUCGUCAAUGAUGUAUUUGUAUUUCUCGCAAAAUUGUGUAACUUAUCGUUAAAUUAGUUUUCCGAUUCCAUAUCAUUAGAUCAUUUGUCUGUCGUCAGUUUUACUUUCUGUGAAUUGAGUUUAUUCGUUCACCGUGUUGUCGAUGUUGGUCAACUUUCCGUUUUCGACUGCAUGUAUUUCAUCGCGUAUUCUACGAGUUGUUCGUUUACAGAAUGUACCGUCAAAAAGUUGAAAACCCAGCCUCUAGAUUCAAUGCCUCCUAAAAUCUCGCAUGUUUACCGAUGGUUAUGCGCUGAUUCUUUUUUACACGGAACUUUGGAAGUAUUGAUGGCGAAGUAAACUAUUUGUACACUACUGCUAAUCAAUGCGUUGAAUUCUUCGUUUUGAAAUAUUGCGUGCGUAUGCUUUGAAUUAUAUACCAUAAUCCAUAAUGAGCAACCAGAACGUGGCGAAAACCGUUGAAGAAUUGAGUAACUUUUUUACCGGUCAAUUAGAAUGUACAAAAUGUAAGAAAUCAGUUGCAUUUUCUACCGAUUUACUGACUCAGCAUUUGAAAAACUGUUCUAAAAGUACUUCAGAAACAUUUACUGAUGCCAAAGACUCAAACAAUUCUGAAAUUUUCCAUCAAUAUCAAGCGUAUCUGAAAGCGUAUUCUGAUGAAGGCACGUUUGCUGAUCUCAGUAAUUCGUUGCCUGCCGUUGGCGUAGAUCAAUUAAAACAGUUGAAAAUAUCAAUUAAGCAGUUCCGAUGUUUAUUUUGUAAUUCAUGUGGAAACAUAGAAGAUUGGGAAAAUCAUGUAUUGAAUUGCUAUCGCAUUACCUUGUCUCCUUUGUGUUGUGCAUGUUUGCUAUGCGAAACGUUGCUGUGCGGUGAACAAAAAACAGUCACCGAUCAUGCUCAUUUUAAAAAAGAUGCGAGCUUUUUCUUAUUGAGCCAUUUUUCUGGCAUCGUUGAUGUACUGAAAAAUCAACUGACGAAUUAUUACAAAUUUGAACGGAAAGUGUCACGAAAUGAUCCGAAACUGGGUUUUUAUUGCGGAUCUUGUAAUUGGUACCUUUUCUACGAUGUAGAUAAACAUUUCAGUUCGCCGAGUCAUAGAUUGAAUGCGAAUAUAACCUACGAUUUGUAUUAUUGCAGCACAUGCUUUGUGAUUAUUUAUGGUGACGAUAAGUUGUUUUAUAGUCAUAAUAUGUCCAAGCAACAUUUUAUUAUGAAGGCUAAUAACAAACAAAAACUUGCGAUUAGACCGGAAAAUGUGAUGCACAGAAUCUUACUGAUGUCAGUGAAAGCGACGAUGGAUAAAAAUAUCUCAACAAAUCCUACUGCGCAGUCAUUCUAUUGUGAUUUGUGUUCUUUCGUCGCAACUACGAGUGAAAAAUGGUCGCAACAUUUGUCAUCUAAUGAUCACAGUAAAACGAUGUGCAGCGGAAUUGUUCGCACUGCUAACGACGAAAUGAAACCGUUUGAGUACGUUUGUGUACAUUGCAAGUUAUCGAUAUUCGGCACUAUUUUUACUCAUAUUGCACAUUGUACUUCUUAUGGACACGAAACUAUCAAGAAUUUGCUUAUCAAUUACCACAAUGAUGCAAAUAUGAAAGCAGUAAAAGAAACAGAAGCAUUACGAAGCAUUCUUCUCCCUACCGCAUUGUCUGAACGGAAAAACAAUUCCCAAAUUAACGGAGAUUCAGUCAUGGCGGCUGUGUCAUCUACUUCAUGCAAUCAACCUAGUACUAGUCAGGCUGCUCACGUUGAUCGAAAAAAACCGGCGAAAGAAGUAGUGUAUUUUUCUUACACGCAAUUUAUCUACGAGAAAAAUCUUGACACGAGGGAUGUAUGCGACAUGAUUGAAAAUCUUCGCGCUUUUUUACGAGAAACCUGGAUUAAUCUGAACGUAAAGGAAUGCAAAACCAGUUGCGUAUACUGUAACGUUUUUUCAUCAAAUGAUUCCCAAUGGUGGACUCAUUUAAGGUCGCAGCCGCAUAUCGAUAAAAUGAAUCAACAUUAUAAAACAACCAAAUCUUACAAGGCCAUCGUUUUGUUUUGUCAUUGCUGUAACAUUUCCAUUCUAGGACCCGUGUCGACUGAAAAAAAGCAUUCCAUUAGAAGUCAGCAUAAGAAAAAAGCUGAACAGUUUUUGCAAUCUGCAACUAAUUACGAUAGAACGUCGAAAAAGUCCGAUUCUUCUAGCGACGCUGAACUGAAAUCAAAGACAAAUGAAGUAAUUUCGAAUGGAAUCGCUCAUCAGAAUACUAUUUCUCAAUUUCCUGCAGCUUUUCAAACGAACGAGGAAUUCUUCGAUGAUCUCAGAGCAUCUCAAAAAGCUAGCGAAGUAAAAUUUUUACGCACUCAAUCUAUGUCAUCAAACGCGAGCUCGAAAAAUGAUAAUGACGAUAAAAGCGAAGAUGAAGGCGAUGUCGUAUCUUAUGUUUUACUUAACGGUGAAAACGAUGGAGAAGAAAAAGUUAGCGAUCACGAAUUGGACGAUUCUUUUCUCAGCGAAAUUGAAAAUAAUUUACCAGAGGCUCCGUCUACCUCAGAAUCUAGCGAUCCGGCAAUUUCUCAAGAAGCAGAUAACGUCGCUAAUGAUGAAAAUACUGAAUUUGUUAAACAUCUUAUCAUCGCUAAAGGCAUACCGCCUCAAAUAAUUCAAAACAAGCGAAUAUGUUUGGAAACUUUCAGAAGAUAUGGGAACAUUAAGCGAAUAUUCACGAAGAGAAACAAACCUGAUUGGUUAUACAUGAUGGUUUUAACCGAGCCAGAACAAGUAUUUAACCGAUUGCACCAGAAUAUUAAAACUUUGAAAGCGACGUUGGGAACUGAUGAAUUGAGUAUCGAGUACGAUACACGAAAUACUGAUCAAACUGGCAUAAAGAAAAAUUUAACGAACGAUGCAAAAACCACUUUUUCCAAUAUGAAUGCUCUAAACGAAGCAGUGCAAAAUUUAAUGCGACUUUACGAAGAAGAAAGUAAUUCGGAAGAGUCGAGACUGAAAAUGAAAAAAAUCGAGAAUACCGUGUUAGAUUUAGCACAAAAGAGUUACGGACCUAGCAUUCCGGUCAAAGUAUUCACGUUUGGAUCCAGAGUUACCGGAUUGGCUACAAAGAACAGCGACGUUGAUAUUUAUCUUCAGAUCGAUCAUUCUUUUGGAGGUGGAGUCCACGAGAAUGUCGCAUUACAACAGCAGUUGGUUCUAUAUUUUUCAAACAAAAUGAGACAAUUGCCGGGCGAUUAUCGCAACAUUGUAUCUAUACCGUUCGCUCGAGUACCAAUAGUGAAAUUCACUCACACAAAGUCUAAUUUGAAUUGCGAUUUGUCGUUCAAGAGUGGCCUCAGCACAAUGAAUAGUUUAUUAGUGAAGACGUAUUUAAAAUUAGAUGACAGAAUUAAAUAUCUCGUUUGCGCUGUGAAAUUGUGGAUGAAAAAGAACGAUUUGGCUGAUCGCAAUUUAUUUACAACGUAUGCACAAAUAUGGAUGGUGUUGUUCUUCUUAAUGCAGCCUGAACAUGCCGUUGUUCCUACAGUUUUAAACUUGCGAAAAGAAUUACCUCUCGAACAAAAGGAUCACGUUACCGUUGAAGGUUGGAAUUGCGCUUUUCCCAACGCCAAAAAUAUUGUAUGGAGAAGCAGCUGCUCACUCAGCAAAGAAGAACUGCUACUGAAAUUUUUCCAAUUUUACAGUCAAGAGAAUUUACAAAAUUACGCCUUGUGCACGUUGACAGGUAUUAAAAUGCAUAAAAAAUAUUUCCUCGAAUUGUUCAUGACAUUACCGCCCACUUUCAAUGAAUACAAACGUAAACUAAGGGCAGAUGGCGCAUUGUAUUAUAAAGUUAUCGAUGAUUUCGAUGGUUUAUGCAUACAAGACCCGUUUGACCAUUGUCAUAAUUUAACAAAAACAAUUGGCGUUCGUAAGUUCCACAGUUUUAUCAACUUGUGCCAACAAACUGCAGAAAUUAUGAAAUCAAACUUGAAUGCGACCUAAAUGUUAUUGUAAAAGUAUUUUUUUUUAUAUUCCGUUAUAUUAUCCUGAUGAUAAAUUUGUAUAAGUUGUUGGUUUUUUCGGUUUUGGUGUACCACCAAUUGAAACGAAAUUGAUGUGUUUUUUUUUGGAAUCUACAACCUUUCGGUGUUUGCGAAUUAUGGUUCGAAACAGAAAAUUGUAAGAUUUUGCGAGUUUUCAUCUCAUUACAUUGUGUUAACUACGAUCUGAGUUUUAUGUGUGAAUCAUCAUUUUUUCAUUUAAGAUAAUGUGAUUUCUUUAUGUUUUUAUCCUUAAGGAAUUUAUUUUAAUGAGUCAUGUUUUAUUAUAACGCUUAAGUUAGGGUGAAAUUUAAAGCACUUACUUUCUCAUCGAUCAGUAAACGUGAGUAAACGUUGAAGAUGAUUUUUAAAAUAACACUGACGCGAGAUCGUGUCACAUUGUUGAUGUUAAUCGAAGAAAAAUAUAUGUUAUGAAUUUUUUUAAAA